CUCAGCAUCGGAGGCUGCUUUUCAACAGGCUCUUAGACUUAAGAGUUCUCAAGGGACCAUCAUAACUGCUCAGGAAGAGAUCCAGUGAACAAUGUGGUAUGCCACAUGUUGAACCAGGAAGUCUGAAACUUUGUAGUCAGAGAUACUGUAAAUGGAACCUCUGCAGGCAUAAAUAGUCACGCUGCUCCAGUGUUCUUUGCAGAAGUUUCCAGCUGCCAAAGAAGACAGGUGGUGCCCUCUUCUGAGAGAUUUACAAAGAACACUGCCAAAACAACCACACAAUACAGAAUAAUGGAAAGCCUGAUGCCUGUCUACAGAUCCUUUACAUUUUUCCGGACUGUCAUUUUCUUGUCUCUUGGCUAUAUUAGCUGUCUGCCACUGGAAGGAGAUCCCAUUUGCACAGCAGAAGGGAUUGCACAGUACAGCCUGGUCUUCACAGGGAAAUGGAGUCGAACUGCCUUUCCAAAACAAUAUCCUGUAUACAGACCACCAGCACAGUGGUCAUCUCUAAUAGCUGUUAGCCAUAGCUCUGAUUACCACAUGUGGCAGGAGGCAGCAUAUGCUAGCAAUGGAGUGCGAGAAUUUACUGAAAAAGGUGAACUUUGGACUCUGAUGAAAGAGGUUGAAAAAGCAGAAGAGACAAUGCAAAGUGUUUAUGGUUUCUCAUCAACUCCACCCAUCUCCAGUGGAACAGCACAAUCAAAAACUGAGAUUGCAGCCCAUUCAAGACAUUCUCUCCUGUCAUUCAUGGUAAGAAUUGUCCCAAGCCCUGACUGGUUUGUGGGGGUUGAUAGUCUAGAUCUGUGCAAAGGGAAUCAGUGGAAAGAGGAGGUAUCCAUAGAUCUUUAUCCAUAUGAUGCUGGAACAGACAGCGGUUUCACUUUCUCAUCUCCUAAUUAUGCGACUGUUCCACAGGAGACCAUAACACAGAUCACUGCAUCUUCUCCCAGCCACCCAGCAAAUUCAUUUUACUAUCCAAGAUUAAAGCAUUUGCCACCAAUUGCCAGAGUUACUCUCACUAAGCUCAAGCGAAGCCAGAAUGUAGGACUUUUUGGCAUCCAGCCCAAUGGUGCUUCCAUCAGCAAUGAAAUACAAAUGGAAGAUUCUGAUGCAGAAACACCAUUGGAUUGUGAGGUUUCCACAUGGUCAUCCUGGGGACUGUGCAGAGGUAAAUGUGGUGAAGUGGGAAGGAAGAUCCGAACACGUUACAUUCGUUUAAACCCUGCCAAUGAUGGAGCACCGUGUCCCAGUCUAGAGGAAGAAGAGGAAUGCGAACCUGAUAACUGCGUCUGAACUGCGUCUUUACAUGGUCAUUUAAUCACUGUACACACCCAAAACUUUUGUAGCAACAGCCUUCAGGAGUUGUAUCAAGAAACAAGCUUUAACAUCCCAAAAGCAAUACUGCAAUGAAAAACAAAACGAAUACAGUCAGAAAACAUAAUUCUAUAACAAAUGCAGCCUUCCCUAAAUUUUUAUAGAAAUGUUAGUGGGCACACCGAUUUUCUAUUUUUCUGUGCAAAAUUCAGUUAAAUCCCAAAUAUGGCCUGCCUGAGUAUAGGAAAUACGCAGGAUUUUUUGUGAAAUUUGGCAUUUAUAUUUCUUCUUCUUCAAUUUAUGAUAGCGUCAGCUUGCUUUACUGAAUGUUCUUUGCUGAGAAACUGUACUAAUUUUGCAUAUAAACAGAUGCACAAGAAAUUUAUAUUGAAAUAAUGGCAAUCAGUGGAAAUUACACUUAAACCUCAUAAGAAUAAUUCCUGCAGUUUAUCUCAUAAAGCAGAACUUCAUUUUUGAAAUCCUUAAAACAGUGUCCCUCAAUUAUUAGCUUCCCCCUUCAUUCAUAGCAAUUAUUAGUGUUCAUGCUGCCUAAUAAAUCUGAUUUUCUAGGUGACUUCUCAGCAUAUAUUUAAUUGUAAUGUUCUUCUAUGCUAGUCUUUGUUACUUACAAGCUAAAAAUAUUCCAAACAGAAAAGCAGCAAGUCUGUUACUUUUUCUUGAACCACAACAGUGUUAAAUGAAAGACAAAAUGUAAACCAAAAUAUAGAAUCUAACAGUAUAUGAAAUGUGAGAACAGUAAAUGCAAGAAAAGGGUCUAUUUUAAUUAAAAGACUGCAUGACUAUGAGGUGGGAGGUGGCGAUGGCUGUGACUAAAUUUAUUGCAUUACUGUUUUAAACAAUGCGCUUUAGCUCUACCUAGUGAAACACACAAUUAUGGUAUACAGUACAUUGGAAUCUAUCUUUUAUUUGGAAAAUUAUUUAGAUAGUUUUUGAUGUUAUAAGUGUACCUUACUGUCUCACACUUUAAAUUGUUCUUGGGUAACUAGCACAUUCAGCACUACCUGUCUGUUUCUCAUUACAGCCCAGUUUCCGUAGUUGAAACAUAUAUAACAUUAGCUCUAAUAUAUGAAAUGCUAUUAAGGUAGAAUGUAAAAACAUCAUUUUGUGAGCUGUACAAGAAGAAAUAUCCAAAAGGCUAGACAAUUCUACAAACUAGUGAAGUGCCAAGAGGUGUCAUGAGCCAAAAGGAACAAGAGCACCUUACAGCUCAUAAAAGGCCAUUUAUAGUGCGAGUCAUACACUUUGCAGUAUAACGUGUUUAACAAAAUGAUACUCCAUUAAUGUUUUUUAUAAAUUUCUACCAAAUAAAAAUGUGCUUAUGUAUUUCUAGUGAGUGAAAAAGGUAUAUUAAGAAAGGUAUGAUUCCAGUUAUGCAUGCAUUCUUCUUGGUAUCAUUUAUUGUUUAACUCUGUAAGCCAGCUAAGCACGUCUUAUUUGACAAGCAGUUCUGGAGUGCUGCCUAGUUAUACAACUUAAUUAAAUGCACAGUAAGUAAAUGGACACUUUUGAAGGAAUCAAGCCCAGGACUGUAGGCCAAAGUCUUUGUCAUGUAUAGCCUUAAUCUCCUGAACUAAAUUGUGAAAUGCUAGUUAGUAAGUUUGUCAGGCUACUUUGAGACAGUGCAUUUCCAUAAGAAGUUUGUUGUGUUUUAUAUCUUUUCAUCUGCCCACUCCUAUGCACCUCCAUCUUCCUAUUAUGAAAGUGUUCAUGCCAGAUGAAUCAAAAGCAGCUAUUGUAGUUAAUGACAUUAGUGCUACACUACUGUAUGUGCAAACAAUGACACAGUUGUGCUAUACCAUUGUUUGCACAUUCAGUAGUGUAGCACUAUAGUGGUGUAGUGCCUCCCCACUGUACGUGCAAACAAUGUCACUAAUAAUCUAGUUUCUGCUUAGAUACGUGGUUAGUCUUGCUCCUUCAAAGCGCUUGGUUCUUUAGUUUGGUUCUUAGCUGGGGAUCCUGUGUGGAGUGUGCAUGACCUCUCUAUGUCCAUAUGUGUUUCACUAAGUGAUCAGAAAUGUAUCUGCUGUGUACUGUGAUUGUGUGCCAUAUGUGAGAAAGUAGUAUCCCAUUCAGGAUGAGUUUCUCUGCCUUAUUAUUCAAUAAAUGCCAAAAUUAGUAUCAGUUCUCCUAUGAUCCUGAAUUAGGAUAGGGUGGAUAAUCAGGGAAUGAAUGAGUGAAUGCAUGAAUGACUGAAAUGAGAUGAGAUGGAAGCACUAUAAAGGAAUAUCUAACUGUUUUAAAACUAAUUUGCCAACACUUGACUGAGCAACACCUAUGAUAACUGUGUGAUAGAAAAUAAAAAAUAAUUAAUAACAGCACUGUUUUCUUGAGGGGGAAAGGCCUCUUCCCUGUUCCCAUCCAUAUUAUAUCCUGACUUAAUUGAUGCCCUACCAGACUUAGAGACUCUUCAAUACAUGUUCAAAAACUCAGAAAGAAUAUGUGCAAUCAUCGGAAUAGUAAAGUGUGAAAUUUCCUGUUAUAGCUAAAAGUAAUUUUAACAAGGGACAAGCCCCCUUAAUCAAAAGUGUGGGGCUACAUCCUUAUUCCCUUUCUAUGUAUAAAGGCUAAUGCUGAGAUCACUGUACCUUACAGAAGAUGGAAAAUGCUGGCAUACAGCAAUUUCAGAGUUGGUAUACAUUUCCAUAUAAACAGCACUUCAAUGCUCCUUGUGCCAAGGAUUGCAGUUGUGGGCAUUAAAUAUAAAAUGGGAAUCCAACUUAAUUAUACUGUAUUUCUCUAACUCUGAGGUCACUGUAAGAUGCAGAAGUGAAAUUUCCUCUUGUAGCAACCUAACUUGAAGAUAAUAAUAUGUUUAACAUUUGAAACUGUUGGCAUCAUUGCAUAUCAGUGAAAAAAGAGCUCAAAGGUCACAGAAUCAA